AUGUUACGGCAUCUCAUCGGACUCCCCAAACCCUCUUCUUGGAACCAUCCCGUCAUAAGCAAGACGAGCUGCUCUCGUUUGUUUUCAUCUUCAAUACCUAAUCCGUAUUUGACGCUUGGCACUACUUUAAAGAAUAUUCUUCCGGACGGUAGCGAAAUCAGAGACAUCCUUUUGUUUGAUCCGGCUAAGGAAGAGAUGCUUACAGUCUCGGACAAAACAUUUCCUCAAGAGCUCGUUGAAUCGAGACAGAUAGGAAGUACACGUGGAUGGGGGAUUUUCUCUAACGAUCAUGAUCGUUCGUUAUGUAUCAGUGACCUUUACAAUCCCUUGGCUUCCAAGUCAAACCCCACAAUGGUUCCUCUGCCUUCACUUGCUGCUGUUCACUCUAACCAAGCAAACGUCGUCUGGAACGUGGCAAUGUCUUCCUCUCCUGGUGAUGAGGACUGUGUGGUUGCUAUCAAGUUCUUGGGUAGACAGCUUAGUCUAUGUAGACCACAUUCUGACAUCCGUUGGACUAACGUCGGGGAGAUCCUUGUUGAGAAGCUGGAAAACCUGGAAAACUCGAAUCUGACGUAUUCAAAGAGAGAGCGAAGAUUCUACUUGCCUGGUCCUGGAGGCAACUCCUUGUACUCUUGGGAUCUCCACUUGAAGAAGAACAAAAGCCUCAAGCUCCAUGAGUUGCUGUUCCGUGACCUUCCUGAGUUGGAUGAUUCCGAGUGGAAGCUGUUGGGUUGGUGUUGCAGGACGGAACACCUCGUGGAGUCAGUCUCUAGUGGCGAACGUUUCCUUGUCAAAUGGUAUAUGUACGCACAGCGCUUCUUCUCGCCGAGUCAUGAAGGAACUAACUACACGACGAGGCGGUUCAUGGUGUUUAGAGAGAAGACGAUGACGGAAGGAAGAUACAUGUAUUACACAGAGGACAUUGGAGAUGUUUGCAUAUUCCUUUCAAUGAGCGAGGCUUUCUGCGUCCAGGCCAGCUCUUGCCCCGGUCUCAAGCCUAACUCCAUCUAUUUUAUAGGCCAUGGCUUUGGUAUCUACAAUCUCUCUGACACAACGAUCCAUCAUUUCCAAGCUCCUGAAGGUGCACCCACUUCUUUCAAGGACCCUUACUGGCUUCCUCCAUCUUGCAUAUAG